AUGGCUGAGGCCAGGAGGGGACUACCGUUGCUCAGUGGACCGCCGCCGCCGCUCGCCAAUUCUGCACAAUCAGAAGGAUGUAGACGCUGUGGAAAGGAAUUCAAUAUCGUGUUCUCCAGGUCAAGGAAAUGUAAUCAUUGCGACUACCAGGCGUUGUCGCCGAGAAUUGAUUCGUCUGGCUAUGAGAUGGUACCCGUUUGUGGGUAUUGCAUAGAUUUUCUCAACCUGACCGCAGCCGGGAAAGCCCAACUCAAAUCUCUACCGUUGGCGAAGCUGAAGAAGUAUGCGAACGCUUAUGGGAUCAGAAUAACACACGCUGUAGAGAAGGACGACGUGAUUGAAGCUAUCCUAUCGGCAAGACGCCCAAACGGCUGCCUUGCGCCCGAGAAUGAGAAUUACUACCGUAGACAUUCGGUGCCAGCUGCAGACCAGCGGCCAGGAUUCAGAAAUAUGUUCCGCUCGCAACCAGCGACACCACCCCAACCGCCGCCCCCUCCUCCAAGGCAAACUCGGCCCCAAUCUUUCCCUCGUCCAGAUCUGGCACCAGACCCACCUCAUGGAUACGGUUCCCAGCCGGGUCCCUCGUAUUUCCAUGGCGCACCCCCGAACGUCCCGCCCCAUCCUCAUUCCUACCCUCAAUCUCAGUCGUUCUACCACUCGGCGCCGCCUCCCCACCACCACCAUCCUCCUCAACCUCCCCAACAACCUAUGCCUAACUGGACACAAUACCCCGGACAGCAGCAACCAUACCCUACAUACCAAAGUCACCAUCACCACCAUUUCCAACAGAACGCCCCUCCUCCUCCGCCCCCGCCUCCCGAAGCUUCUCGUCCUCCCCCACCCCCUCAACAGCGUUCCGAACCUCCCCCUCCUCCACCGCGGCCGCAACCCUCGACGAAUCAAGCGACUUCGAGACCGGCUCCCCCUCCACCGCCUUCCCUUGAUGAACUGAUAAACAUGAGCACCGAAGAGAUUGGAAAGCUCAGCAUCAGCGCCCUCAAAUCCAUCCUCUUCACCAACCAUGUCAACGCUGGACAAAUUCUUGAGAAGCAGGAUUUGGUCAAGAAAGUGCUCACGCUGGUCGACGAUGAACGCCAGGAACGCGAGCGCCAACGUCAAGCAGAAGAACUCGAGGAAAUGGAGCGUCUACAGCGUGAACAGGAGGCGAGGGAAGAACGUGAGCGUGCCCAGCGGGAAAGGGAGCAACAGGAGCAGGCCGAGGCAACGCCAAAUCCUCCGAGCGCCUCUCAGGAGACAGAUCAGCCUACAUCAGCGACGCAGGACGAGCAAGCCGAGGCUCAUGGCAACGCCUCGUCGCCCCCCAAGCCAUCGAUGCCACCGCCUCCCGCAUUCAACUCCACUAGCGGUGCGCAAAGAGGGGGUCUCUGCGUUAUUUGCCAAGACAAAGAUGCUAAUAUUGCCAUUGUCGACUGCGGGUAA